GCAUGGGGGAAGUAUGACAGCAGGCUAAUGGCUAACUCGAUAAACAGAGAGCGAACUGGCCCUUUAAAAGCUUUGUGUUAAACAAUGAACCAGUCAAGAUGGGACAGACCCUGUGUAUAUGCUCCCGUGGCUCCAUCACCAUCGAUAAUAAAAAAUAUUACUUUGUCCAGAAACUAGACGAAGGUGGUUUCAGUUAUGUUGAUCUGGUUGAAGGGGUAAAGGAUGGGCGCUUCUAUGCCCUGAAGAGGAUCCUGUGCCAUGACCGUGAAGGUCGCCAGGAGGCUCAGACAGAGGUGGAGAUGCAUCAGAUAUUUAAUCACCCCAACAUCUUGAGCCUGGUUGCACACACCUUUGUUGAUCGAGGAGGCAAGAGUGAAGCCUGGUUACUUCUACCUUAUAUUAGUAAAGGCAGUCUAUGGUCUGUUCUGGAGAAGCUAAGAGACAAGGGGAGCUCAAUGCCCGAGAAACAGAUUUUGCAAAUUCUGCAUGGCAUCUGCUCUGGACUUAAGGCUAUUCAUGAAAAAGGCUAUGCACACAGAGAUCUUAAGCCCACAAAUGUGCUUCUGGAUGAGGAUGACAGGCCAGUUCUGAUGGACCUGGGCUCUAUGAACCGUGCCAGGAUUGAGGUUAGAGGUACUAGAGAAGCCAUGACCAUACAGGACUGGGCUGCCCAGCGGUGCACCAUUUCCUACAGGGCUCCUGAACUCUUCAGUGUAGAGAGCCACUGCAUUAUAGAUGAGCGCACUGAUGUCUGGUCACUUGGCUGUGUGCUUUACUGCAUGAUGAUGUUGGAGGGACCAUAUGACUUAGUAUUUCAGAAGGGGGACAGUGUUGCCCUCGCUGUCCAGAAUCCAGUGGUCAUCCCACAGUCUUGCAGUUACUCAGAGGGCCUGCAGAUCCUGCUGAGCUCCAUAAUGGUGUCAAAUCCCCAGGAGAGACCAAACAUCAAUUGGGUUCUUGACCAGGUACAGGACCUGCAGAGUCGCAGCCCCAACACCCACACCAACAUGGUCUGAUCUUGCACGGUGCACUAGAUUUGGGCUCUUGAGACCUUUGCACACAUAAAUGAACCCCUCUUAUUUUAGACCUGAAAAUAUUUCUUUUAUUUAUUGACUUCAGUGUAAAAGCCUAGGUACAGACUUUCACUCAGCUUGGGGAGCUUGGCAACAAUGUGAGAUUUUAGUUUGAAUGAUCCGAUCCAGCCUGCAUAUCACACUGGACUCUUGGAAUCCUUAUAAACUUACCAAAUCUGAAAGGCCUUAAAUCUAUUUUGACCCUGAAAUGAGAGGAUUUUGGCAAGGGUCAAAUGUUCCUUCUAACAAUGAAGUGGCUUUACCUUGUAAUCUUAAAGGGACAGUACAGCAUUGUAAAAAAUACACACAUUCGCCUUCUCCGAGCGUUUCAUAGGAAGAUUGAUAACACUUUCAUGUCUGUCCAUUCAUUGUGAAGCUGGAGCAGCAGCCUGUUAGCUUAGCCUAGCAUACAGACUGGAAUGAGAGGUAAACAGCUAGCCUGGCUCUGUCCAAAGGUAACAAAUUCCACCUACAAGCACUUCUGAAACUCUCUAAUUCUCAUGUUUGUCUAAGCUGUACAAAAACCAAACUGUAAAAAAGACAAGUGGUCAGUAGUUCUAGAGGGUGCUUAUGUGUAGGGUUAUUGUUUUACACAUUAGUGUUUAUAUGGAUUAAACAAAAAAGAUUAUUUCUUGAUUUGUUGGCUUUAUAGGUGCUAGUAGGUGGAUUUUGUUGCCUCUGGUCAGCAGCUGGCCAGCUGUUUCCCCCUCUUUCCAGUCUUUAUGCUAAGCUAAGAUAACAGGCUCCUGGCUGUAGUCUUUGCAAAUAUGCAUAUUUCUAGUGUAUUCCUUUGUCUUUAAAUAGUAGUUUUGAUUUUUUUUUUUUUUUUUUAUAAGAAAAGGGAUAACAUACAUGCUUUGUUAGACUUUCUGGUGGAUGAAGCUACCUGAGGUCAGUACAUAUCAAGAUUACAUUACCUUCUAAGAGGAAAUAUGGUCCAAUUCCCUUUACCUUUUAUCUCAGUUCCUGAGUUUGGUGUGUGUAACAACUUGUAGUUGCAUGUGUGUUGUAAUCAUCAACGUAUAACUUUGCCUUUAGCUUUUCUCUACACCGUCACUCACACUGGAAAAGUUAAGAGGCAGAGUGCUCCUCACCUGCAAUGCUGCAUUUGAACACACAGAGGUGCUCAAGUAUCACAGUCCCCUGCUCCACAUACAGAUGUGGUGAUUGACCAUCUUUUUGUCUGUACAGUUGGUAAUGUGUGAAUGAGUUCUUACUGCUAACACAAAAAGAAAACAAAUCAAAGAGGAGGGGUCGGUGUUGUAUUACACAACUUAACAAUAGAAAAUGAACUCACAAAUGUUUUUAUUAACUAAGUCAAAGUUGGUGUCAUAUUUGGCAUUGCAGUGUAACCUUUUUUACUUCACUUUUCACUGUAUUGUGUUUUUAAACAGUUCUUUCCA